AUGUGGAUCGUCGACUGGUUUUGGGACCUGCUGGCCAAUCUUGGCCUGGCCAACAAGCAUGCCAAGCUACUGUUCCUCGGUCUCGACAAUGCUGGAAAGACGACUCUCCUUCACAUGCUCAAGAAUGACCGCGUAGCGAUCCUUCAACCCACUCUGCACCCAACCUCAGAAGAGCUCAGCAUCGGCAGCUGUCGCUUCACCACCUUCGAUCUCGGCGGCCACCAGCAAGCACGACGAUUGUGGAAGGACUACUUCCCCGAGGUCUCUGGCAUUGUCUUUUUGGUAGAUGCCAAAGACCCCGAACGCUUCGCAGAGAGCAAGGCUGAGCUCGAUGCACUACUCAGCAUGGAAGAUCUGGCCAAAACACCGUUCUUGAUCCUCGGAAACAAGAUUGACCACCCUAACGCGGUGUCCGAGGAUCAGCUCAGGCACGAGCUUGGGCUAUAUCAGACCACGGGCAAAGGCAAGGUCCCACUCGACGGCAUAAGGCCUAUUGAGAUCUUCAUGUGCUCGGUUGUGAUGAGGCAAGGUUACGGAGAUGGUAUUCGCUGGCUAUCGCAGUACGUUUAG